AUGGCUGGUAAAACCUUCAUUGUCGAGCAUCUCGACCCUGAGCUCGAGCAGUGGUCAGCUCUUGAAUACAAGUGCAUUGCUAGAGAGACCGCAGCCUCAGGAUCCUCCUUCUACCUCACAUCUGUUCCCCAUGAGCUUCAAUUGCCCGAAUCUCUCAAGAGUGUCUCUGAAUUGAACGUUGAGCACCGUGGUAUCGAGGAAAUCUACGCAGACAAGAAAGACCGCGUCUGCCUGCUUGAUCCUGCAGCCAAGCAAGAACUCAGCCCUGCCGACGGUGACAACUUCGACAUCUUUCUCUUCGGUGGUAUCCUCGGAGACGACCCACCUAGAGAUCGUACUUCGGAGCUGCGUAAGAAGGGCUACCAAGGACGCCGUCUUGGACCCGUCCAGAUGACCACCGACACAGCAGUGCGUACUACUAGAAUCGUGGUUCAGGACCGCAUCGAGCUGGAGAACAUCAAAUACGUUGAUCACCCGGAAAUCAAGGUUGACGAGCAUGAGAGUACCGAGAUGCCUUUCCGCUAUGUGCUUGACAAGAAUGGCAAGCCUAUCUUCCCAGAUAAAGACUCGGAGCGUGGUAUCGAUGAUCUUUUGUAA